AUGGUCAGUGGACGUCGUCUUAACGUCUCUAUCAAGGGUGUGCGAGCAGUGGGGCGUACUCCGGCCAAAGCAAGAACUAGCAGCAGUAAUUUAGCUGACCCAACUAUACCAUGCACCGUUAACUUAACGGACAUCUUUUCCUUGAGUUCUCAAAUAGCCGAUCUUCAAAAUGAAGUGGUGAAGCUCAAAAGGGUCCUCAACACAUUAGAACCUUUUACUGACAGACUGACAGCCAUAGCAGCUAUGAUGCAACCCAAGGACCUCAUGGAAUCAAAGCAUGCGGAAUUGGCUGGAAGGUUCAUUAAUACGAUUUGCACCGAGGUAAUGGAUCGACUAAAAUGUCUUAAUGAGGUAGUGAUUUAUAAUGUUCCAGACCGCCUGCAUCUGCAAGCCAUUCGUAAAAUACUGAUGAAAGUGUGUGGCUUGGAACACAAUCUUCUAAGCUGCACGAGGCUGAGAAAAAAGGUUAUGAAAAACCAAUGCCCUCUCUUAGUCAAGUUCGAUAACGAGAGCUCGGCUCUUAAGUUUCUCUCCUAUCAAGGGGAAUUUAGGACCCGCACCACGUUUCUUGACUUAAAGUUAGUACCAGCGAGAACGGCAUUGCAACGACGUUACGACAGGCUAACCGAGAGUUCUGCACAUAGCAGAUGUGUUCAGGCCACUUGCGACAACUCUCCGAUGCCAGUGCACCUAAGUGACUCAGGUACUGUGGACCUUGACAUUUCGUCUGAUAUGGAUACUGGAUCGCUUGAUUGCUUGGAAGAACCUGCAAACCCUGGGACCAGUGCUAUCCGUAAAGUCACAUCAUACAUAGAGCAAAUCAGCCAGCCCGCGAAUAAUAUAAGAAAACCCUCGAUUUACACUAAGUGUUCAGCUACUAAUACAAGUCGAUCAGUCAAACCGGAAGGGCCAAUGGCUGCCGAACCUCUAAGGCAAUCUUUAAACAACUCAGUUAAACCGAUGUUAGCAAAAGGCGACGACGAUCGAAGCGAGCUUAGCAUAACCAACACUCAGCGAACAGAGCCGCCAACGCCUCGAGCUAAAAGGCCUCGUAUACGGACCACACCACCGAGUUCACCUGAGCCGCUGGGCUCAACGCCACCAGCUUUGAAAAUAAGAAAAGCGGAGACGCUAGCACCAUACAACGCUGCGUGCGGGAAUGGAUUGUGCAGCGCUCUAGUGUUCAAUGUUCCCGACGACAUAUCGGUGGAAACAUUUAGGCGUGCAAUCAUUGCAGUUAAUGGCAUUGCAGAGAAUGCCUUGCAGGUUCAAAGAUUGACUAAGCGUGUAACCCAAUUUGCGGGUCCCAUCAAACUGAACGCAAAGGAUGAGGAAGUAUUGCAUACUCUCAUAGCUAACCGUGAACAGCUUCGCAGUGCAACAAUGCUAAGCCAGCUUACAUUCGGGCCGCUGAAAAGAAGCUUAGGUUGGGCUGCGACUAAUCCUAACAUCAUUGCAGGCUAUAGGCAACGCGAGCUUGGCGCAUCCAAAAAGAGACAACGAGCUACACCUAACCGCUUAGACAGCAUUGUGUCUAACACUACGAAGGAUCCCAAUGUCAAACGGGCUUGCGGAGCAAACUCACCUAUUCACUCACCGACGACGGCUAUGUCACCCACACAAGCCUUAAUUAGCGCAAGAUCAGUAGACAAACAGUCGCAGCAGCCGGGUUGGGACAAUGCGUUGUGUAGCGUACUUGUAUUUAAUGUUCCGGAUGGCGUAUCGACGGGCGAGCUUCAGAGCACAAUCCUUAAAGUUAACGGUAUCGCGGAAAACUCGGUACACGUUGAGAGGAUGGUCAAAAGAAUCAGUAAAUUCCCAGCCCCAGUCAAAUUGACAGUAGACGAUAGUAGAAUCCUGCGCACUGUAAUAUUGAAUUGUGAACAACUUCGCAAUGCUCUCAAGUUAAGGCAACUUUAUUUUGGCCCACCACGAGGGACACUACCCAACCAUACCCCAGAUACUUGUGAGACGGCAUCGCGUACCACCACCGUUACCAAUUCACCCACGGAGAGCACUGCAUGUGAUAAUUUACGCAGCUCCGAUCAACUACCUGCGCAUCCAGGCUGUUAUGUACCUGCUACAUCCCUCAGACUUUCGCCGCCGGUCCAGAUAAAAUGGCCAAAUAGUCCACUACUUCCUACCCCGCAACCUGCGCAUUUUUUAGGCCAGGUGGGGAUGAGCCGCGACAGUUUCAUCCCGACACCAAACUCCUCGUCGCCCAACUACCAACUGCAAUGCCUUCUCACCCACUUCUUACAACUACUGCAGAUAGCGAAGUAA